AUGAGUGUAACAUUCGAAAAGACCUUUCGAAGAGAUGCUUUGAUCGAGAUCGAGAAAAAGUAUCAAAAGCAAUGGGAAGAAGAGAAAUUGUUUGAGGUUAACGCUCCUACUUUUGAAGAGUGUCCUACAGAUAAUAUUGAAGAAGUUAGAGAAAAGUACCCAAAGUAUUUCGCCACUAUGGCUUAUCCUUACAUGAACGGUGUUUUACAUGCCGGGCAUGCUUUCACUUUGUCCAAGGUAGAAUUUGCAACUGGGUUUGAAAGAAUGAAUGGUAAAAGAGCAUUAUUUCCUUUGGGUUUCCACUGCACUGGUAUGCCCAUCAAGGCUGCGGCAGAUAAAAUUAAGAGAGAGGUGGAGUUAUUUGGAGAAGACUUUUCCGGUGCCCCAUCAGAGGAUGAAAAUAUUGAACAAAAGGUGGAGACAAAAGCAAACAGAGAGGAUGUAACCAAAUUUACAUCAAACAAGUCAAAGGCGGCAGCAAAGACAGGCAGAUCAAAGUUUCAGUUCGAAAUUAUGUUGCAAUUGGGUAUCCCUAGGGAACAAGUUGCAAAAUUUGCCAACACCGAUUACUGGCUUGAGUUUUUCCCACCUUUAUGCCAAAAGGAUGUUUCUGCAUUCGGUUCCAGAGUUGACUGGAGACGUUCCAUGGUCACCACUGAUGCUAACCCCUACUAUGACGCCUUUGUCAGGUGGCAAAUUAAUAGAUUAAGGGAAUGUGGUAAGAUUAAGUUUGGUGAAAGGUACACUAUUUACUCUGAGAAAGAUGGCCAAGCUUGUUUAGAUCACGACAGACAAUCAGGUGAAGGUGUGACACCGCAAGAGUAUGUCGGGAUUAAAAUUAGAGUAUCUGAAUUUGCUUCUAGUGCUGAAGAAGUCUUGAAUAAAGAGAACAUUGACUUGAGCAACAAGAAGAUAUAUCUUGUCGCAGCCACUUUAAGACCCGAGACUAUGUAUGGUCAAACCUGUUGUUUUGUGAGCCCAAAGAUAGAUUACGGUAUUUUCGAUGCCGGAAACAAUGAGUAUUAUAUUACCACUGAACGUGCAUUUAAGAAUAUGUCAUUCCAAAAUUUAACACCAAAGAGAGGUUUUUACAAACCCAUCGCAACAAUAAAUGGUAAAACAUUAAUUGGAUCAAAGAUCGAUGCCCCAUUGGCACAAACAAAGAACUUGAGAGUCUUGCCUAUGGAAACGGUUAAAGCUACCAAAGGUACUGGUGUUGUUACAUGUGUGCCAUCGGACUCACCUGAUGAUUACAUCACCACCAAAGACCUUGCAAACAAACCCGAGUAUUAUGGAAUAGAAAAAGAUUGGGUCAAUACCGAAAUUAUUCCAAUUGUGCACACGCAAAAGUACGGUGACAAGUGUGCUGAGUUCUUGGUAAAUGAACUCAAAAUCAAGUCGCCAAAGGACGCUUUGCAAUUGGCUGAAGCAAAGGAAUUGGCUUAUAAGGAGGGAUUUUACAAUGGUACAAUGGUUAUUGGUAAAUAUAAAGGUGAAAAGGUUGAGGCAGCAAAACCAAAAGUCAAAGCUGACUUGAUUGCGUCUGGUGAUGCCUUUGUUUACAGUGAACCCGAAAACCAAGUUAUUUCGAGAUCUGGAGACGACUGUUGUGUUUCUUUAGAAGACCAAUGGUUCAUUGAUUAUGGUGAAGAAGUUUGGUUAGGCCAAGCAUUGGAAUGUCUCAAAGAUAUGGAAUUAUUUUCCAGUGAGACAAGAAAUGGAUUUGAAGGUGUGUUUGCAUGGAUGAAGAACUGGGCAGUUACUAGAAAGUUUGGUUUGGGAACAAAGUUGCCAUGGGACCAUCAGUAUUUGGUUGAGUCUUUGUCUGAUUCCACUGUAUAUAUGGCAUAUUACACUAUUGAUCGUUUCUUGCAUUCAGACUACUAUGGAAAAGUCCAAGGAAAGUUCAAUAUCAAGCCAGAGCAAUUGACCGAUGAGGUAUUUGACUUUAUUUUCACUCGUCGCGAUGACGUCGAAUCCGAUAUUCCACGUGAGCAGUUGAAGGAAAUGAGAAGAGAGUUUGAGUACUUUUACCCCUUGGAUGUCAGAGUUUCAGGUAAGGAUUUAGUUCCAAACCAUUUAACAUUUUUUAUUUAUACACACGUUGCUUUAUUCCCAAAGAGAAUUUGGCCAAAAGGUGUCAGGGCCAAUGGUCACUUAUUGUUGAACAAUGCCAAGAUGUCUAAAUCCACUGGUAACUUUAUGACCUUGGAGCAGAUUGUCGAAAAAUUUGGGGCUGAUGCAUCCAGAAUUGCAAUGGCAGAUGCCGGUGACUCAGUAGAGGAUGCUAAUUUCGAUGAAGCUAACGCAAAUGCUGCUAUCUUGAGAUUGACUACUUUGAAGGACUGGUGUGAGGAUGAAUUGAAAAAUCAAAAAGAGCUUAGAACUGGUGAAUACGAUUCUUUCUUUGAUGAGGCAUUUGAAAAUGAAAUGAACGAGUUGAUUGAAAAAUCUUACUAUCAAUACACUUUGAGUAACUACAAGCAAGCUUUGAAGUUUGGUUUGUUUGAUUUCCAAAUUGCAAGAGAUUUCUACAGAGAGUCGGUUAAUUCUUCUGGUAUUGGAAUGCACAAAGACCUUGUUUUGAAAUAUAUUGAGUUCCAAGCAUUAUUGUUAGCUCCUAUUGCUCCUCAUUUUGCUGAAUAUCUUUAUAAAGAUGUGUUGCAAAAGAAGGGAAGUGUUCAAACAGCUCAAUUCCCAACGCCUACCAAGCCUGUUUCGAAAUCUGUCUCGGAAUCUUUGGAGUAUGUGAGACAUGUCUCGCGUGCAAUCCGUGAAGCCGAAGGUUCUGGCUUGAGAAAGAAGAAAGGUAAAGCAGAGUUGGAAACGGGAGACUCGGUUAAGUUGACUAUCUUGGUCUCAAAUACAUUCCCAGACUGGCAAGAAAAUUACAUUGAAUUUGUACGCGAGUUGUUUGAAGAGCAAAAGCUUUCUGACAACAAUUUAAUCAAGGAGAAGGUUGGUAAGGACAUGAAGAGGGCCAUGCCUUUCAUCAACCAGUUGAAAAUUAGACUCAAUACCGAAGAUCCAAAGAUUGUAUUUAAUAGGAAGUUGAACUACAACGAAGUCGAUACCUUAAAGAAGGUUGUUAAACUCGUCAAGAGCUCACCUUACUCAAUUAAGGUCAAGGAAUUGCAAAUAAUUGCGUUUGAAAAUGGAAGUGAUAAAGGACAAGACGUCUUGACCGGUGAAGAUGUGACUGUUGAUAUAAAGGGUAAAGUCAAGGAUGCUGCCGUUCCAGGCUUCCCUGGUAUUUCACUCAAGAAAGUCGAGUCUUGA